AUGCACUUAGCUGUUACUGGGAAGAAGGGGAAAGUGGAUAUUGGAUCACAACGUCCAGUACCUGCCAUAAUCAUCCAGGUUGCCAUCACGAAAGCCAAAGUGGAUUUCUCCAGUGUAGUGUGCCUGCCCCCUUCCGUCAUUGCUGUGAAUGGGCUGGACGGAGGAGGGGCUGGCGAAAAUGAUGACGAACCAGUGCUGGUGUCCCUGUCUGCGGCCCCCAGCCCCCAGAGCGAAGCUGUUGCCAAUGAACUGCAGGAGCUCUCCUUGCAGCCCGAGCUGACCCUAGGCCUCCACCCUGGCAGGAAUCCCAAUUUGCCUCCACUUAGUGAGCGGAAGAAUGUGCUGCAGUUGAAGCUUCAGCAGCGCCGGACGCGAGAAGAGCUGGUGAGCCAAGGGAUCAUGCCGCCUUUGAAAAGUCCAGCUGCGUUUCAUGAACAGAGAAGGAGCUUGGAGCGGGCCAGGACAGAGGACUAUCUGAAACGGAAGAUUCGUUCCCGGCCGGAGAGAUCGGAGCUGGUCAGGAUGCAUAUUUUGGAAGAGACCUCGGCCGAGCCUUCCCUCCAGGCCAAGCAGCUGAAGCUGAAGAGAGCCAGACUGGCCGAUGACCUCAACGAGAAGAUUGCACAGAGGCCGGGCCCCAUGGAGCUGGUUGAGAAGAACAUUCUGCCUGUUGAGUCCAGCUUGAAAGAAGCCAUCAUUGUGGGCCAGGUGAAUUACCCGAAAGUAGCCGACAGCUCUUCCUUCGAUGAGGACAGCAGUGACGCCUUAUCCCCUGAGCAGCCUGCCAGCCAUGAAUCCCAGGGCUCGGUGCCGUCACCCUUGGAAGCCCGAGUCAGCGAGCCACUGCCUAGUGCCACCUCUGUAUCCCCCACUCAGGUUGUGUCUCAACUCCCAUUGGGCCCGGAUUCUGGAGAAACACUUUUCCUGGCCGAGCAGCCUCCUCUGCCUCCCAACCUCACCAACGGAACCGCAGCUCCAGUGGCCAAGCCCACCCCGACGCUCAUUAAGCAAAGCCAACCCAAGUCUGCCAGUGAGAAGUCACAGCGCAGUAAGAAAGCCAAGGAGCUGAAGCCAAAGGUGAAGAAGCUCAAGUAUCACCAGUACAUCCCCCCGGACCAGAAGCAGGACAAGGGGGCACCUCCCAUGGACUCCUCCUAUGCCAAGAUCCUGCAGCAGCAGCAGCUCUUCCUCCAGCUCCAGAUCCUCAACCAGCAGCAGCAGCAGCACUAUAACUACCAGACCAUCCUGCCUGCCCCGCCGAAACCCGCAGGUGAGGCCCCGGGAAGCGGUGGGGCCCCCCCGACACGCAGCCUCUCCACUACCAGUAGCGGCUCCAGCUCCGGUGCUCCUGGGCCCAGUGGGCUGGCGCGUCAGAACAGCACCCCUCUGACUGGCAAGCCAGGAGCCCUGCCUGCCAACCUGGAUGACAUGAAGGUGGCAGAGCUGAAGCAGGAGCUAAAGCUGCGGUCGCUGCCUGUCUCAGGCACCAAGACAGACCUGAUCGAGCGUCUGCGUGCAUACCAAGAACAAGUCAGCCCUGCCCCAGGAGCCCCCAAGGGCCCUGCUGCCCCCUCCAUCCUGCCCAAGGCUGGGGAGGUGGUGGUCGCCUUCCCAGCUGCCCGGCUAAGCACGGGGCCUGCCCUGGUGGCAGCAGGCCUGGCCCCAGCUGAGGUGGUGGUGGCCACGGUGACCAGUAACGGAGUGGUGAAAUUUGGCAGCACGGGCUCUACACCCCCUGUGUCUCCCACCCCCUCAGAGCGUUCACUGCUCAGCACAGGCGAUGAGAAUUCCACACCCGGGGACACCUUUGGUGAGAUGGUGACAUCGCCACUGACCCAGCUCACCCUGCAGGCCUCGCCAUUACAGAUCCUUGUGAAGGAGGAGGGCCCCCGGGCCGGAUCCUGCUGCCUGAGCCCUGGGGUACGGGCCGAGCUCGAGGGGCGUGACAAGGACCAGAUGCUGCAGGAAAAGGACAAGCAAAUCGAAGAGCUGACCCGCAUGCUGCGCCAGAAACAGCAGCUCGUGGAGUGGCUGAGGUUGCAGCUGGAGCAAGAGAAGCGGGCCCAGCAGCCGGCCCCGGCCCCGGCCCCCCUUGGCACCCCAGUCAAGCGGGAAAACAGCUUCUCCAGCUGCCAGCUGAGCCGGCAGCCCCCGGAUCCUGCUCACCCCUUCAGCCCCAGCCUGGCGGCUCCCACUGCCCGCCACGCAGACACUCGUCCCCUGGUGCCCCCGGCCGUGGUAGUGAAGCAGGAAGCCACGCUGCCGGAGCCUGAGCCAGCCCCCGCUCCCCAGCUGCUUCUGGGCUCUCAGGGCCCCAGCCUCAUCAAAGGGGUCACGCCUCCCACCCUCAUCACUGACUCCACAGGGACCCACCUUGUCCUCACCGUGACCAAUAAGAAUGCAGACGGCCCCAGCCUGGCCAGCGGGAGCCCCGAGCAGCCCUUGUCCCAGCCUGGUUCUCCAGCCCCUGGCCCACCAGCCCAGAUGGACCUAGAGCACCCAUCACAGCCCCUCUUUGGGACCCCUACUUCUAUGCUGAAGAAGGAGCCACCUGGCUAUGAGGAAGCCGUGAGCCAGCAGCCCAGACAGCAGGAGAAUGGUUCCUCCAGCCAGCAGAUGGAUGACCUGUUUGACAUUCUUAUUCAGAGUGGAGAAAUCUCAGCGGAUUUCAAGGAGCCACCACCUUCCCUACCAGAGAAAGAGAAGCCCCCCUCGAUGGCAACUUGCGGGUCACCCCUGGCCACGCCGUCCCCGCCUUCUGCUGAGCUCCCCCAGGCGCCGCCACCUCCCUCGGGCUCUCCCGUCCUCCCUGGGCGCCUAGAGGACUUCCUGGAGAGCAGCACAGGACUGCCCCUGCUGACAGGCGGGCAUGAGGGGCCAGAACCCCUGUCCCUCAUCGAUGACCUCCACAGCCAGAUGCUGAGCAGCUCUGCCAUCCUGGACCACCCCCCCUCACCCAUGGACACCUCGGAAUUGCACUUUGCCCCUGAGCCCAGCGGUGUGGGCCUGGACCUGGCUGAUGGCCACCUGGACAGCAUGGACUGGCUGGAGCUGUCAUCGGGUGGCCCCGUGCUCAGCCUGGCCCCGCUCGGCACCACCGCGCCCAGCCUCUUCUCCACGGACUUCCUCGACGGUCACGACUUGCAGCUCCACUGGGAUUCCUGCUUGUAG